AUAUGCAUAUUACUAAUGUAUACAUGUGCUUAUUGUGUCUGGGCAGCAAGCACCUUAAUUGAACAACAACAACAAGACGCACACACACACACACACCCGCACACGCAUACAUAUUACCCCCCCUCUCUCUCUCUCUUUACUUAGAUUGUAAAUUGUCGCAUGUUUUUAUUUGGUGGCUUCUUUCGUUUCUUUUAUCAAUUUGUUUACUAUUUGCAAAAGCUGCCCAGCACGUGUAUGCCAUCAAAGAGCACUUUUGGCCUCUCUUUCUUCACUCUCUUAAGCAGCACCGGCAAGAGCGCAAAGCUUUUGUGCAUAAAGCUCCAGCCAAGCACGCUACGCACCGUCGAAUGAGGCAUAUGUGCACGCUAAUGCAACAGAUAUGUACAAAUGGCUGGAUGGCACUUUUCCAGGCACAUUGAAGACAACGAUUUUAAAAAAAUUGCUGCUGGAUCAGUUUAUAUUGACACCAUAUUGCUUGACAUUAUUUUAUACAGGCAUGGCUCUUAUGGAGGGCUCUGAGGAUACAUUUGAGGAGCUGCGCGCAAAAUUCCUGCCAACUUUUAUACGAUCGUGUGCCUUCUGGCUGCCCGCACAGGCUCUGAAUUUUAUGUUUAUAGCGCCAAGAUUUCGCAUUAUCUAUAUGGGAGUAUGUGGCAUGAUUUGGGUGAACAUUUUGUGUUGGAUAAAGCGACAGAGUCUUACCACAGAGACAGCAACAACGACGACGACAACAACAACAGUAGGCAAGUGCAAUGUCAAGGCGUGAUUGGAUUAGCUGGUAGCUUAACACAUACAUAUACAUAUAUAGGUACAUUUUUAUAUAUAUAUAUCCAUGUAUAUUUGAUAAAGUGCAAAGUAGCUUUGCCAAAUAAAUACAUUCCAAAUGCUAGAUA